GAGCAGGACAUCGGCGAUGGUUUUGCAACACGUCAGGGUUUCCCUUCGUUUCUUUUAAAGAGGAGGCGAGUACUUCAGAGGUCUAGAGGAUUUUAACCUGAGCAGACAAUCAACUAUGGGGUCCAAGAAGAAAGCCAGAGGGGUACCUUCCUGGGAACGGUUUUGCAGACUUUUCCUUUGCGUAAUAGGAGUCGGGCUCUCAAUCUACGCCUAUCAUGUGGAAACGUCUAAGGAAAGGGAUGCCAACUACCAAGCCAUGUGUGAUUUCAGUUCAUCCGUCAGCUGCUCCAAAGUUUUCACCUCCAGGUGGGGCCGUGGCUUUGGCCUUGUGGAGCAUUUUGUGGGUCGGGAGAGCCCCCUGAACCAGCCCAACAGUGUGUUAGGAGUGAUCUUCUACCUACUGCAGCUGGCACUUGGAUAUUCCAUGAACACCAAAGCCGCUGUGACCCUAAUUGCCACCUCCUUGGUGUCUAUUGUCGGCUCCCUCUACUUGGCUUACAUCCUCUUCUACGUCCUGCACGACUUCUGCGUGGUCUGCAUCAGCACCUACGCCAUCAACUUCGCCCUGCUGUUUGUGAACGUGGCACGGAGGCGGGCACUCGGUGCAAUGGCAAAGGACAAACGCAGCUAACCCCCAAACUGCCUGGGGGGCCAGGGGGCUACUUUGUGCUUCUCUUCUAGGACUGUGGGGUUGGAUGAAUUCUGAUUUUUAUGGAAAAGAGAAAUUGUGAAGUAUAAAGAAAUGGGUGAACUUUGUAAAGGGACCCUCACUCGUUCAGGACUGGCAUCGGGAACCUGCAACAGCCGUAUUGGGGUCGGCAGAUCUCAAGGGGGCAAAGCCGACGCCUGGGGACCUGAGGUCAUCCAGACACUUUGAUGACUGCACGAAGAUCGUCUGGCUCAUGUCCGGACUGACCACCUUCCUUUGGAGAUCACUUAGGUCUCUCCCCUCUGAGGAAAAUGGAGCAUUUCUAGUAAUUCCUGUCAAAUAAACUAAUUCCCAGUGGGACAGACGUUC